AUGCGCCUUGCAAAGAAAAAAUGGAAGAAGGUUGAUGAAACAUACCAAAACCCAAACAGUAAUGCACCAUUUUUCGAAUUCAAUGGACUAAAAAGACCAGCCAGUGAUGCGGAUACACCGCUUGAAUGUUUUUAUUUGUUUUUCACACCCGAAAUUUUAAAUCAAGUAGUUGUCGAAACAAAUCGCUACUACCAACAAGAACAGCUAAAAAAACCGUCGUCAAUGAAAUGGUCAGAUACCAAUGCAGAGGAGAUUCAAGCUUUCUUCGCUGUUGUUUUGGCAAUGGGCCGAGUCAAACUACCAGAGUUGGAAGAUUAUUGGCGAGAAGAUCCGAUAUAUUCCAUGAACUGGUUUCCGGCUGUUUGUACGAGGACUCGCUUCAAGGAAAUCCUCCGAUUUUUGCAUCUGGCAAAUAAUGACAACGAGUUACCCCGGAAUGAUCCAAAUCAUGACAAGCUUUACAAACUUGGAAACUUACCUGCAAAGCUUUCAGAUAUAUUCUAUAAAAUGUAUGCUCCGCAACGGGAACUAUCUCUCGAUGAGCAAAUGAUAGGGACAAAGUCUCGUGUUUCAUUUAUCCAAUACAUGCCAAAGAAGCCAAAAAAGUUUGGGAUAAAGAUUUGGGUAUUGUGCGAAGCUGUUACUGGUUACUGCCUACAGUUCCAGAUAUACACUGGAAAGACUGAGGGCACAGUUGAGCAUGGUUUGUCGUACCGCAUUGUUUUUGAUUUGCUUCAAAAAUACCUCGGAAAAGGUUAUCUGGUAUUCUUCGAUAAUUUCUACACAAGUUUGAAACUCGUUGAUGAUUUCCAGAAACAGCAGACAUACUCCUGUGGUACACUAAGAAAGGGAAGAGCUCAGCUCCCUGUUGCCUUCCAAACAGAAAAAAUUGGAUCUAGGAGCUGCGUCCUAUCUCCAGCAAAACAAUGUCGUCGCUGUGCACUGGAAGGAUAAACGUGACGUGUUUUGCUUAUCAUCCUUUCACAAUCUUGAGAUGAAAGUUAUUGAAAGAUACCAAGGAAAUAUCACAAAACCAAAUUUAAUUUGUGAAUACAAUAAAUUUAUGGGGGGUGUUGACAAGUGCGAUCAAUUGCUAUCAUAUUACCCUGUGUCGCGCAAAUCGUUGAAGUGGUGGAAGAAAGUAUUUUU